AAUUGGUAUUGUUUUUCUACUCAAAAUCAGAGCGUUUAUAUUCCGAUUUCCGUGUCUCAGUAUUAUCAGAAAAUUUUCCACCAGUAAUACAAUCAGCCUCUGUGAAUUUUUGUAGAUCCUUCAAAUCGAACGUCGAAAGUAAGAGCAGGCGAUCCAUUAGAGAAAGUUCAAAAAACUUAAUUAAUGGCGAACAGAGUUCAAAUCCCCACUAGCAACUCAGCUCUUAUUGCAAUGAUUGCCGACGAGGACACGGUGGUUGGUUUUCUAAUGGCUGGUGUGGGUAAUGUUGACUUGCGAAGAAAGACAAAUUAUCUUAUUGUAGAUUCAAAAACCACUGUUAAACAAAUUGAAGAUACAUUUAAGGAGUUCACUACAAGGGAGGAUAUUGCUGUCGUUCUGAUUAGCCAAUAUGUUGCAAAUAUGAUAAGGUUUCUGGUGGAUAGCUACAACAAGCCUGUUCCAGCGAUCUUGGAGAUUCCAUCUAAGGAUCAUCCAUAUGAUCCGGCACAUGAUUCAGUUCUUUCACGGGUUAAAUACCUCUUUUCUGCAGAAUCAGUGGCAUCUGGGAGGCGUUAAAUGCCAAUAGACACUUAGUCUCAUUGUGUUUCUAUUUCCUUCAUGAUUCGUUUUUUAUGGCUGACUAAAAUUAUUCUUUUCCAGACAAUUGGUAGUGGUUCUCGUCUCAAAUUCCAUGAACUACAGUAUGCAACUUUUAGUUGGAGAUAUGCUUUAAUGGCUUUUUUUUUAAUUGAAUAAGAUGUUUGACUAGAGUUCGGAGGAUUCAUCAGUCAUCAUCCAACGGAUGCCUCCUUGUUAACAUUAAGGUAACGAUGGUUCUAUUGAAUGGAACUCUUUUUUCCGGCCGGGUUUGCUUGAAA